GACGAGGCAAUGAACAUGAAAAGGCACCCGCAAAAACGGCGCUUUGGACGAACCCACUAGAAAAGGCAGACUUUCUCGCGAGUCGAUGUUCCGCCGGGGCAGCACAUGCAGCCGCUCCCCGCUUUUUCGCGUCGACACAUUGCUUAGCCAACAGCUUUUCCACAGACCGCACCAGUGUUGGUAUCGGAAACACGACCACGGCGCAUGGCCGCCGCACAGAACACGGGCCCCCCCUGCGCAUCUCCGUGGCUCUCGAAGAAGUCGACCGCGAAAGAACGCAAUUCAAGGAGAAAAGAAGCGAGAGGAGUGUGUACGUUUUUCUCUCUGAAUCGCACUUGAUUCUUGAGUGUCUCUCUGUCUCUCUCUUCUGUGUGCGCCGUACCACGAAACUCCGGUUAACUUGCUUCGCUCGAGCUUCUGGGUGGAUCUCUGUGCGUGGCAGGCGGAGACAGCGAAGCCGCACGGUGGCGCACGCUUCAACUACUCGCUCCCAAGCAGCAAUGGAGAACCUUAUUCUUUUCGUAGCAGUUUGUGUUUUGUCUCUCAUCUGUCGAUCUGAAGCAUUUACUGUCGGUCCAGGUUCCAGGUUCUGCGCCGGACAAUCUGGGCUUGCCGGAUCUGUCUUACCAGGCUGUUCAGCGCACGCUGGACGAGGAAUCUCCACCUCACGGCUUGACCCGCCGUCAGUCACCUCGCUUUCCUCGGCGUGGCGUGGUGCGAAAGAAAUCUCUGGACUAACGGAAAGCACAGCUAACCCCGUGUUUGAUGUCGAAAAAAUCCGCGAGAUUCUGCCGCACCGGUUCCCCUUCUUGCUCGUGGACAAAGUCCUCGAGUUCGAGCCGGGAAAGCGUGCGGUUGGUGUCAAGCAAAUAUCGGCAAACGAAGACCAGUUCAACGGUCACUUUCCACACCGAGCAAUAUUGCCAGGCGUCCUGCAGGUGGAAGCUUUAGCACAGCUUGCGGGCAUCGUCGCUUUGCAGCCUCCAAUUAGCAACGGCCAAGGGAAUUUCUUCUUCGCAGGUGUAGACGGUGUGAAAUGGAAGAAACCCGUCGUACCAGGCGACACUUUGGUCAUGGAGGUCGAGUUGACUGCAUGGAAAGAGAAGUUUGGCAUCGCAAAAGCUACUGGAAAGGCGUUCGUGGACGGAAAGCCAGCUAUAGAAGUUGGCGAGAUGACAUUUGCACUCGUACGAUGAAGUUGUACAAGGCAGGUGGCUCGCGGGACCGUGCCGCGAAUGCGGGGAUAGGGUGAAUCUGACACAUUGAAUUAAUGCGCAGGCCGGUACACCUGUCCACUAGUGACUAAACGACUGGUUGAGGCCAUGCACAGAACUCUUCUCGGUUCUUGUUUUGGAAGCUAGGACACGAGGCUGCUGAAUCCGGGGUCUCCGUAAACCCUGCACUCACCGAAUGGGUUACCCAGGGAGGCGCGUGCCGUGUUGAUAUCAAUACUCACCGACAGACAGACGUGGUCGCCUUCACUGCCUCCCAGACUGCGAACAAUGCCUCUGCGAAUUGCAGCGACGUUUUUGACUGUGCUACUCACCUUG